UUUGACCAUGAAAUUUAAGGGGGCACCCAGUAAUAUUAAAUAGAAAACCAGAGAAAAAUUGUCAGGUUGCAAAAAUUGCUCCUUAGUAAAUCUAGCCCCUAGUAUUAUUUUGUAUGUUUCUGUCUGUUAUAUUGCCCUUAAUUCUACUGUAUCUCCCAAAUUAUUUUUUUUAUCUUUAUAGGUCCAGGAAAUGUUUCCUUCACAACUUAUUUUUAUGCUUCAUAUUUUAACUCUAGCAUAUUUACCACCAUAUAUGGCAGAGCUGUGUGAAGAUUAUGGAGUGGAGCCUUAUACAGAACUUGUUGCGGAAGGCCAGCCAAUUUAUGUUACCUGUCCACUUCUCGACUCAGAAGACAAAACAAGCAAUUUCAGUGUAACCUGGUUAAAAAAUGGCUCACAGACAGCAAUCACCUCAGACAUACAAAUGAGAGUUCACCAGGAUCAAAAUUGCCUUAAGUUUAUCCCUGCAAGGCUGGAUGAUACAGGCUACUACGCAUGUGUGCUCAGAAGUUCGACAUACUGCAAACAGAGUCUCAAAAAAGUAGAAGUGUUUAAAAAUGAUGAUGGACUGUGUUAUAAUAAUGACCAUGUGUACCGUGGCACUUUAAUUUUUGGACGACCACGUAAAAUUGUAUGCCCAGACAUAGACAACUUUGUCAAGAUAAAAUGGUUUAAGGAAUGCCAGCCUUUGGAACUAGACGGUAACAAAUAUUAUGCUAGAAGGAAAUGCUUGCAUAUCAAGUAUGUGACAUUGCUAGAUAAAGGGAAUUACACAUGUGAAGCCACCGUCACAUAUAAUGGUACAGACUAUAUUAUCUCGCGGACCAUUAAACUCUCCAAUGAAGUUAGAUUGUUGCAAAGUGCGCCUGCUAUAAUAAAUCCAAAGAAUAACUUCUUACAAGUGAAAUUAGGAGCUGCUAUUUCACUAACAUGUGAAGUGUUAUUUAGUGGAAACAUUAAAUUGUAUUGGACAGUCGAUGAUUCUGAAAUUCAUACAUAUUCAGACGAUGGCAGAGUGGUAAUGGGAGAAGAGUACAGUAUACUCACUGAUGAUGGAUACCAAGUAGUCAGCAUAAGCUUAAACUUUUCGAAAGUAAAAGAAGAAGACUAUGACAGAAAAUUUUACUGUAAUAUCUAUUCAGAUAUAGGCCAAAAGGCAUUUGUUAUGUUGAAACACCCAGAACCUAAUUUCGAGGGAUUCUUGAUUGCUUUAUUUGUGGCAAUUGUGUCUAUUAUUGUUAUAGCUGUAAUUACCAUCCGGAUUUUUAAAGUUGAAAUUGUUCUUUGGUACCGGAGUUCCUAUUUUGCCCGUACAGAUUAUAAAGAUGGAAAGAUUUAUGAUGCCUACAUCAUGUAUCCAAAAAACUUUAUUGGAACCAGCUGUCAUAAUAUGGACAUAUUUGUAGUUAAAGUGUUGCCUGAAGUGCUUGAGAAACAGUGUGAUUAUCGAUUGUUUAUAAUUGGACGGGAUGAUCUGCCAGGCCAAGCCAUUGCAGACCUUGUGGAUGAGGCGAUCUCCCAAAGCAGAAGGUUGAUUAUUGUCUUAGGAGAGAUGUCAAGUGAGAAAGGCCUUGGUGAUGAUUUUGAACAGAAAAUAGCCAUGUAUGAUGCUCUCAUUCGGAAUAAAAUUAAAGUCAUCUUGAUUGAGCUGGAAAAGAUAACGGAUUACACCUACAUGCCAGAGUCCAUUCAGUACAUCAAACAGAAGCAAGGUGUUGUGCGAUGGAAAGGAGAGUUCACAGAAGAGAGUCUUCACCAUAACACAAGGUUCUGGAAAAAUAUCAGAUACCGGAUGCCUCCAGCCCAGCACCCGUCUGACAGAGAAUUGGACUACAUAGAUUCAGAGGACUAACAUGGGUGUUACCAAACUUAGUUAAAUGCACUGAGAAAAAGUCACACUUGGACCUUGGCUAGAGAUGUUUGGAGGACAGCCAUCUGCAUCAGCACUCCAUAUGAUCACUUGAUUAUUAACCAUAACUAUAACAUGGAUACGUUGGUCAUUGCACUGAUACUUUUGUUCACUACUGUAUGUUGCAAAUAUCACCAUUUCAUUCUUCUUGUUUACAGCCUCACUUAUAGUGUUACUCUUUUGCCUAGUUUUUCCAAUACAAGUGAAAAUCUGUUACUCUCUAAAUAAUAGUUAAUUCUUGCUCUAGACUUUACUUCCAGAUGCAUUCUGGAUUAUUAGGGUUAGUUUGGACAACACAUACUAUCUGUAAGCUAUAGGUAAAUUGCAUUUGGCACACAAAUGAAAGUGACAUUGAUGAGCCGAGAACAUUGUAUAUAAUGUCAGUGCUGCUAUUUUGUGUUCUAAAUUAGUGGAGUCACAGAUUAGUGUAGGUUUUCCACUCCAGUCCUGUGCUGGAGAAUAGUAAAUCUAUGUGUUCACUGCUCACAGCAGCACUGAAAGUACCUCUUUCAAUGGUUGUAGACCAAGUGGAGCUCAGGGCAAAUAUUUCCUUUUCCCCACUAUACAAUUAGUAAACAUAUCUCAUUUUAAGCAUAAUGAUACAUGGUGCAAGGUGUAAUGUGGGUCACUGGUAUCGGACCUCUGUACCUUUGUCUAUUUUGUUUACCCAGGUUGUAUACUUUCGCCUGUAUUUUGCAUCUUAAUUCAAUAAUAGUGUACAAAGUACUUUGGGAUUAGUAUUGUUACUGACCUCUCUACACCCUGCACUACCUCACUGACCCCUCUAUACCAACCACUUGAUCAUGAACCCCACUAUACCUUACAUUACUAUCCAUCUAUACCCUAUACUACAUCACUAUUCCCUCUAUACUAGACCUGUGGUUCUCCAGCUGUUGGAAAACUACCCAUCCCAGCAUGGCCUACCACAAUUUAAGCAUUCCCUUAUAGCAAAACUGUAACAAACCAUGCUGGGAUUUUUAGUUUCACAACAGCUGGAGAGUGACAGGUUGGCCAGGCCUGCUCUAUACCAUUACCUGCCACUACAUUAUGGACCCCUCUAUAUCCUACACUAUAGUACCGACCCCUUUAUACCCACCAUUACAUUAUGGACCACUCUAUAUCCACCACUACAUUUCAGAUACCGUUAUACCCUGCACUAUUGUCCCCUCCAUACCGUACACUACAUUAUGGACCCCUCUAUAUCCUACACUAUAGUACUGACCCCUCUAUACCCAACAUUACAUUAUGGACCCCUCUCUAUCUAUCACUACAUUUUACACACCUUUAUACAAUGCACUAUUGGCCCCUCUAUACCCUACACUACAUUACAGACCCCUCCAUACCCUACCCUACGUACUGAGCCCUCUAUAAGCUUAACUACACUGUAAAACAUCACUAUACUACUGUAACUGCAUUGUCCUCAGCCACUUCUUUUCCCCCACACAUCUCCCUUUUCACCUAGGUACACACAGGCAGGGGCGUAGCGAGGGUGGAACAAGUGGAGCUUGAGCUUCAGGCGCCGCUUGGGACAGAAGGCACCGGCUCUCUGUAACAGAUAGGGAUGGCCAUCGACCAUCGAUUUUUAAAAACCAUUGAUGGUUUAUGACUGGAUGUCAAAUACUUUCACCAUUGAUGGUGGAGAACCAGAUGGUUUCCCGCCAUCGAUGGUUCAGUGCUACAGAAUCUUUUUUCUCCUCAAAGUGUCAAGGCAUGGAGCUUAGCCCCGCCCCCCUGACACCCAUGAGGCCAUGCCCCCAGGCUCUGAUUGGCCCACAUGUCAUUGUACUGUAAUGCAGGGGUGACCAUCGAUGUGUAAAACCAUUGAUGAAUUAUUUUACACCAUCAAGGUUAUCAAUCAAUUGUAUCAUCAAUGGCUACCAUCGAUGGCUAACCCACCGAUGGCCAUCCCUACUUUAUGCUAUUGAGAGUGGAGAGCCAAUGUUUAUUCAACAUCUAUGGUACACAGAGCCUCUCUUUGUUCAUCUAUUUUUCCCACAGUUGCUGGGACCAUCUGUAGGUGAGACCAUUGAUGGUUUUCCCGUAAAUAGUCUUAAACCAGCAAAGCUAACCAACAAAGGUUAACUCACAAGCCUUUAGCUGGCCAUACAUUUUUAUAGAAUCCUAGUGUUGAGCCCUGUCUAUAUUUAUCAGGGAGAUCUUUAUUAUGAUAAAAGUCAACUUUAUGCAGAUUACUGUGAAUAUAAAGUACUUCUGGGUAGUUUAUGCAGAUUAGUGCUCCUUUAUAAAUUCUGGGCUCUGCUUAGGGAUGGCCAUCGACCAUCAAUGAUUCAAAAUCAUUGCUGGUCUAUGACCGAUGUUGAAUACUUUUACCAUUGAUUGGGAGAAUAAGACGGUUUCCCAGUUGGCAGGCAUUUCUUUGUACAGUAAUGCAUUGGUGACCAUUGAUGGGUAAAACCAUUGAUGGUUCCCUUACAGAUGGUUUUAAACCAUUAAGGUUAUCCAUCAAUGGUAACAGAUCUGAGAGCCUGGAUCUUGGUUUAGGAGGAGAUGACUGGAAGAGAGGGAAGGGGUGGCCCCCACACUGCCUGCAUGUUCCAUGUCACUGAUUGCAGUGCAGAGAGUCCAGAGCAGUGUAGUGUGGUGUGUUGUAAGGGAAGAAGAGAGGUUUGGAAGCUUGUUAGAAGAACCUUCCUGGCUGUCAGGCAGAGGCUUCAGAAGGCGGGUGCGGGGGGUGCGGGCCGCACCAAGGUAUCACCCAUGGAAGGGGUGACACCAAGUGCUGGCUCUUCUGCAGUGACAGGAGCCGAGUGCUGCAGUGUGAUAAUCCCCUGUCACAGAAAAGGAGCCGGCACUGCACGCUGCCUAGUCUCCGGGGGCAGCCAGCAUUUCCGAGGAGCUGGAUACACCCCCAAGAGUAAAGAAGAGGAGAUCCGUGAGGCCACGCCCCAUUUAAAUUAGGCCACACACCCCUUUCAUCCGGCGGGGUGAGUGUGGGAAGGGGGGUGUGUGUGUAGUAAUGCAGAGUGCACACCGGGUGUACCCACACCUGGUGACACCUCUGCUGUCAGGUAUCUGCAUUCAGUGAUUUGAAACAUGCAGGCAGUGUGGUGGCUACCCCUUCCCUUUGCUCAGUCCUUUCCUUCUACCCACGGAGGUCAAUCACAUAGAAGCUCCACCUCUCCAGGCUAGAAUGAGGAGCUGCUCUUCUCCUCUUGGUGAAAAUUAAUGUGUGUAUACUGUGUGUAUAUGUGUGUGUGUGUUUAUGUCUGUGUAUACUGUGUGUUUAUGUCUGUGUGUAUAUAUAUAUAUAUAUAUAUAUAUAUGUAUGUAUGUAUGUAUGUAUGUAUGUAUGUGUGUGUGUUUUAAAUGUGAGUGUUUGUGUGUAAAUGUGCAUAUGUGUGUGUUUAUGUGUAUACCUGUAUAAUUCUGUGUAUAUGUGUGUGCUUAUGUAUGUCUGUGUGUAUAUAUCUUUGUAUACAGCAUGUGUGAGUAUAUGUGUGUGUUUAUGUAUGUCUCUGUGUAUAUGUCUGUGUGUUUAUGUAUGUCUGUGUGUAUAUGUGUAUGUGUAUAUUUGUGUGUUUAUGUGUGAAUGUAUAUGUGCAUAUAUCUGUGUAUAUGUGUGUGUGUUUAUGUAUGUCUGUGUGUGUGUAUAUGUGUGUGUGUUUAUGUAUGUCUGUGUGUAUAUGUGUAUAUCUGUGUGUUUGUGUGUAUGUAUAUGUGCAUAUAUCUGUGUAUGUUUAUGUGUGUGAUCUAUAUAUGUAUGUAUGUAUGUAUGUAUGUAUGUAUGUAUGUAUGUGUGGUGGUGUUGGUGGGUGGGGGCGCCGUGACAUGACUCUGCUCCGGGUGUCAUGUCUCCACACUACGCCUCUGUUUACAGGCUACUGCCACUGCUGGCCCCUUCCCAUCUUGCAUUAAAGACCCCCGCACUGUGGAUCCCGAUUUCCUUCAGCUUCAGUUAGAACAGCGGGUCUUAGCAUGUGCACAUUUUGCCAUUGUACUGAUGUCCCUGGUCCAAACACAGCUAUGACUACUGUACACCUUAUUUAUAAACAUGUUGAUGGCCCCUCCGCUGUCUACUUUCUAGUCUGCACAUCACUUCGUCCUCCCAGCUCUCACCUACGUGGCCCCCUCCUGUUCUCAGAUCUCCCAACUCCGAGUAUGCCUGACCAAAGAUUUGUACAUGCUCCCACACUGCUUAAGAAUGAUGGAAGAGAUCUGAAGAGAUACCUCCACACUCUUCCCUAUAGUUCUUUCAUAACAAACAGUUACUAACGUGUUGGCUAUUGGGGACAAGCUCUGUAAAGUUUGAUACUGUAAAUUUGGGCCUAAUUCAGACCUGGAUGUUGCUACAACAGUGGUCGCAGGCUGAUGCCCGGUGAGGUGUGUGCAGGCAUCUCACUUGAUUGACAGGCAGAAGCGGUCACAGGGCGUGUCGACAGCGUUGCAGCUGCUCUUUCGUGCAGGGUUCGAACAACGCAGGCGUGUCUGGACCAUUUGCAGGGCGGGCCGCAGCAGCUGCAUGACUUCAUACCCUCCAACUGUACCUUUUUAAUAGGUACAGUACCUUUUUUUUAUGGUCUGUACCGAUUUUUGGCUCUCCAAACUUCCAUUGAAAGUAUAGGAAAAGGGGCGUGGGCCCCCCCCCCCCCCCUUUACAC